UGUAAAAAGUGGCUCAUGUUACCCUACGUGCAUUAUGUCAGACACACAAGUCACACACAAGCUACACACCCACAAAGUUUACACACACCCACAUGCUGUAUGUGGGUUGUGUAGCUGCCUCUGACAUAAAUUUGUGAAUUAAAUGAACCCAGUGAAAAAGUAAAUAGCCUCCAGCAUUAGGGGCUGGAUUUGAUGCCAGCUGUGUAAAUGGAGUCUUUCACAAUAAUAAAUCAUUAACCUUUUAGUCGGCAAGCUUGAUGUCUGCUCAAGGCUCCAAAAUCUGACUCUGGCCAAGACGAGAAGCAAAAUAGCUCUGUUUAUUUCAAUGAAAUGCCAUUUUCACUCUAUAGCAUUUUGUUGUGUUGCGCAGCAGGGAAGCUGGAGUGCAUCCUGCUCUCAGGCUAGAUAACACUCGCACUUCCCACUGCUGAAUGAGAAGGUGGGGAAUCAAGCAGCAAGAAGACAAAAAGAACACGCAGCUCCUCUUCGCGAGACACAGUGGAAACAGGACGUAUUUUCCACCUAGCACAUCUCUUAAAUGUAGACAAAUGCGGAGUCAUCAGGAGCAGCCAAGCAGGGCAUGGCUUUAAGCAGACUCCUGCUGCUCUGUAUGGUAGCCUCUGAGGUGUGGGAUGCCGAGACUAAGCCCAUAGACUUUGUGUGUAAUAGAGUCGCUAGGAGGGCUUUGAAUGUUGUGGCAGAGAUGCAGAGUGCACUGAAGGACUGCAACGGCUCGAUGACCCUCUCCACACCGGUCCAGCUACCCUGCACUGAGCUUCAUGUAGCAUCUUGGGAAAACAAAUCACACCAGGAGAAGAGAGGAGACAUAGGUGCAUCCCUGAGGCUUCUUGUUGAAGGUGUGCAGGUUGUGAGGGCUCUCAGCCAGGCAGGAUGUGGCGCUGUGCUGCUGCAGAGACUGGAGCACAACAUCAACAACUAUCUGCUCAUUCUCACACACCUUCAACUGAGUGGGCCAGUGGAGACUCCAGUAUUGUCUUGUGUUCCUGGGAGCACCCAGAGUCUGAGCACAGUCCUGCUCAACUACAACCGACUGAUCUCAGGCAAACUAGAGCGGUUCAUGAUUACCCUGGAAGACAGAUGCACUCCCCAGUGACAAAA